AUGCCGUUGACUCUUUCACCUAAGAAGCUAUUCACAAAGUAUAAAGACACAAAAUUAGAUGCACUUGUGUCUUCUCAACAACAACCACUAAAGUCACAAGACCCUAAGUCACCAGCAUCUACUCCAAAAGUACCCAUCUCCGAACAUCAUCAACAUCACAACGUAGAAUCAUCAACCACGCAUCAACAAGAAUAUCAUGGAUAUGUACACUCACCAAAGUCAGAUUCUCAACCGAAACAGAUGUCGUCACCGACAUCACCACCCCAUAUCAAUCGUCCUUCAUCUCCAUUAGCUAACCCACCUACAACUGCUGAGGAAUUAAACGCUGAAUCUAUGUCCCGUCCAUGGAAAAUAAGAAGAAAUGUAUCAGCCAGUUCAUUAAACUCUCCAGUAUGUUAUAUGCAUAUGAUUGAUGACUUUAAUGAACUCCCACCUGAAGAGGACAUUGACUCACCUAGCAUCACGCCAGAAUCAAUCCCCAACUUAAACACAACAAAUGUCGUUCCUUCAGAAGAAUCACGCUUUUCAUCUUCUUCUAGUGGCGACGCAUCUGAUACUAUUGGUGGUGUUGCAUAUGCACGUUCUGAAACUCAAACCCCUAUUUCUCAUAGACGUAAUUUAUCAGAAAAGAUCAAGUCUACUCCACCUUCAUUUGUACGUCAGAGUAGAAUAUUUACUGGAGAAAAUGGUUCAAGUAAUUCACUUUCAGUUUCUCUUUCUGGAAGAUCAGUACUUUUACAAAAUAAACAACAAAUUGAAAUGUUACCUAAUGAAUUUCAUCCAAUUUUAAAUCUUAUUCAUGCUCAAAAAUUAAGAGGAUAUUGUAUUGGAAGUUUUGAAAUUGCUGAAUCUGAUAAACCUUGGAUAUUGGUAGAUGCAAAAUUAACUGGGAAUGAAUUAUCAAUUCAUCAAAUUGAAAGUGAAGACGAUUUUAAACCAAAAUAUAUCAAUCUUAUUGAUUGUCAAUUGGAAUUGAUUGAUGAAUUACAAGUUCGGAUAUAUCAAGAUUUUCAAGAAGAAUCAAGUUUAUUAAUUCGUUUCCCAAAUCAAGAUGAAUUUAAUAAAUGGAUGAGUGCAAUUUUACUUUGUAAAUUUGAAUAUGUUAAAUUAAAUGAAGCUUUCACUGCUGUGGUUUUAUCUUCAAAAGCUCCAAAAUUACUGGAUGUUCAUGUAUUACUUUCCCUGAAGAAGAGAUAUCCUAAAUAUGAAUGGUGUAAUAUUAGAUUACCUCAAGUUAGUUCAAAAUGGAAUAAGGUUUUCUUGAUUAUUUUACCAAGUGAUAAAAAUCAUUUAGGUCGAAUUGAAAUUUAUCUUACUGAUAAGAAAUUAAAUAAAAAGAAUAUGAUUGCUUAUGUAUCUUCAUCAGAUCAUAUCUAUAACGUAUAUCCAGAACAAGCAAAUAUGAUUGAUUUUAAUUCAAUUAUGAAUAUUAGAGGUGAAAUCUAUAUCAACAAGAAUUAUGAACACUUAUUCUCAUACAAUCCAGAUUCAGUAUCACCACCAGCAAUCGAAGAAACACUAUCUAGUCCUACCCCAAAGCCAAUCAAUAAAUCAAGCUCAUUCACCUCCUUAACAGGAACUCCAUUAUUAUCAAUCCCACGAGCAUCAUCACCCCUGACCACCAACCACCACCAACACACUCGAACCAGUUCCAUCAAUUCCACAAACUCAUUCUUCACCAAUGCUACCGCUUCACCCCGCGCUACCCCAUCAUCACCACCCACCACAGCUGCCACCGGUGGCAGAUUCCGUUCCCACUCAAAUGCCUCCAAUACCAGUUCAGGUAGUUCUUCCUCCUUCUUCAAAAAGAAGAAAUUGGCCCAGGAUUUCGUAAUCACGAAUUCAAUGUAUAUUAUGCCAAUCUCCCAUCCUGGAGUCUCCGCCAUUGAAACCAUGAUUCGAAAUUUCAUUCCCAUGAUUGAUGCGUUUAAAUUGUAUGGAAGACCACGCUUUUUGAAUAGUGAUAAAACCGAUAUGGAAUCCUUGUUGUUUGGAAUGCCUUCAUUGCCUCAUUAUCAAUAUUUAUCCCGCCUGGAAGCCGGUGAAUGUUUUGCGAAAUUGUCUGGCGGGGUGGGGGAUGAGGAUGGGUUGAAUGAUGAAAGAUGGCAACGGGUGUUUGGAGAACGGAUUGGGGAGUUACAGAAGAAGAGUACUGGUGGUAGUGGUGAGGGGAGGGGAUAUAGAGGAUAUGGCGAUAUUUCGAAGUUGUAUAAUAAUUUGGAUAUUUCGUUUGAUGAUAUUAGUUCGCCAAUUAUUGCUAUGCCGGCAAAUAAUAGUGGGAGUAGUGGAAGUAGGAGUGGAAGUGGUAGUGAACUUGAUGUGAAUGGAUUAGGUGUGGGGCUUGAUUUUGGAGAAAAGUUUGGUGGGGAACUUAUUGAGGGAACUCCAAUGAGUAGAUAA